AUGGAGAAGUUCACAGCCGCGAUGCUGCUGGGGAGCGCGGGGGACGCCCUGGGCUACGCCAAUGUCUGCAGGGAGAACAGCGCUUUGGGCUCCGUCCAGGAGGAGCUGCAGAAGAUCGGGGGACUCGACCACCUGGUGCUGUCUCCCGGAAAGUGGCCAGUGAGUGACAACACCAUCAUGCACUUGGCCACCGCUGAGGCGCUUGCCACAGACUUCUGGUGCCUGGAUGACCUGUACCGUGAGAUGGUGAGAUGCUAUGUGGAGGCCAUCGAGAAGCUUCCGGAACGUCGGCAAGACCCAGCCACCGUGGAGGGCUGCUCACUGCUGAAGCCAGAUAACUACCUCCUGGCCUGGCACACACCCUUCAGUGAAAAGGGCUCAGGAUUUGGAGCUGCCACAAAAGCCAUGUGCAUCGGCAUGCGGUACUGGAAGCCGGAGCGGCUGGGGACUCUGAUCGAAGUCAGCAUUGAGUGCGGCAGAAUGACCCACAACCAUCCCACAGGCUUCCUCGGCUCCCUGUGCACGGCCCUGUUUGCCUCUUAUGCAGUACAAGGAAAGCCGCUGGUGCAGUGGGGGCGGGACAUGCUGCGGGUGGUCCCGCUGGCUGAGGAGUACUGCAGGAAGACCAUCCGGCACAUGGCAGAGUACCAGGAGCACUGGUUCUACUUUGAAGCUAAGUGGCAGUUUUACUUGGAGGAGAGAAAGAUCAGUGAGGACUCGGGAAAUGAAGCCACCUUUCCCGAGAACUAUGAUGCGGAGGAGAGAGACAAGACCUACAAGAAGUGGAGCUCGGAAGGCCGAGGGGGACGGCGAGGCCACGAUGCCCCCAUGAUAGCCUACGACGCCCUCCUCGCGGCAGGCAGCAGCUGGACGGAGCUGUGCCAGCGGGCCAUGCUCCACGGAGGUGAAAGUGGGGCCACCGGGGCCAUCGCCGGCUGCCUGUUCGGACUGCUGCACGGGCUGGACGCGGUGCCCAGGGGCUUGUACCAGGAGCUGGAGCACAAGCCCAGACUGGAGAGCGUGGGCGCCGCCCUCCACCGCCUGUCCACGGAGGACAAGUAA